GACCACUUGACACCACUUUGAUUGAAUUGAGUUCAACAAUCUGAAGAGUACAACCAUCAAGUUCAAGAAGAAAAGAACUAUCUUAAUAUCAAAAUCGAAGAUUAACGAAAAAAUAGAAAUCAAUCCAAUUUACUUUCAACUAUCAACACUAUCAUCCACCUCAACAUCAAAACCCUUUGUGAAACAAUCAGUCUAGAUGGACAAUUCCGAAAUCGAUUCUUGGGUUUCUCACCUUUCUCAGUGCAAACAGCUCACAGAGGCAGAUGUAAAACGAUUAUGUGAAAAGGCUCGAGAGAUCCUCAUGGAGGAAUCCAAUGUCCAACCCGUUCGAUGCCCGGUAACUGUAUGCGGUGAUAUUCAUGGGCAAUUUCAUGAUUUAUCAGAGCUCUUCAGGAUCGGUGGCAAUUCACCUGAUACUAAUUAUCUAUUUAUGGGAGAUUAUGUCGAUCGUGGUUACUAUUCGGUUGAGACCGUCACGCUCCUUGUAGCUCUCAAAGUACGAUAUCGUGAUCGGGUAACGAUCCUUCGUGGGAAUCAUGAGAGUAGACAGAUCACUCAAGUAUAUGGAUUUUACGACGAAUGCCUGAGGAAGUAUGGAAAUGCGAACGUGUGGAAAUUUUUCACCGACUUGUUUGAUUAUCUACCUCUUACAGCUCUGAUCGACGAACAGAUCUUCUGUCUGCAUGGUGGACUAUCACCUUCGAUUGACACGCUGGAUCAUAUUCGAUCCAUUGAUCGAAUUCAAGAAGUUCCUCAUGAGGGACCGAUGUGUGACCUACUCUGGUCUGACCCUGAUGAUCGUUGUGGAUGGGGUAUCUCUCCUCGAGGGGCUGGUUACACAUUCGGACAAGAUAUUUCGGAUGCUUUCAAUCACAACAACGGUCUCACGCUUGUUGCACGAGCCCAUCAACUUGUGAUGGAAGGUUACAAUUGGUCACAUGAGAGGAAUGUAGUCACCAUCUUCUCUGCACCUAACUACUGUUACCGAUGUGGUAAUCAAGCCGCAAUUAUGGAAAUCGAUGAGCACAAUAAAUUUACAUUCCUACAAUUUGAUCCCGCGCCACGUGCCGGAGAACCACUAGUUUCACGAAGAGUUCCAGACUACUUCUUGUGAGAGAAAACCCUUGAUUCAAAAAGUGAAACGAGGUUUCUUUUAACUUUAUUAGCUUCAAUCUUUCUCAUUUCAAGAUUUUUUGAAAAACAAUCAACCGUUUUUUAUUUCAUUUCAUUUUUUUCAUUUUUUAUGGUCCGUUUUUUUUUCUUUCCUUUGGUUAUCAUUAGUUCCUUUGUUUCCUCUUUCUUUUUUAAAUAUUCCACCUUUUUUUGUUGGAGUUUCUGGUCUCUUAAUUAUGAGCGUUUUUCACCAUCUAAAAAUGAGUUGAGUAAUAUAAAAAGGAGAAAGAGAUACAAGUUAGUAGUAU